AUGCCUCGCGUAGCACAGGCUCCCCGUGUCGCCUCUGGCACAAAGCCUUCGGCCGGCACCGCCAGCUCCGCCAUCAGGAUCCCUCUCAACGACGACGCCCAGGAGAAAAAGGGCCGCCUGCACUCGCGCAAGGCCCUCCACGAGAAGCAGAUCAACGAGCUGCAGGCCGCCGCCGCCACGCCUAAAAAGGGCGCCCUCAGGCUGGAGAACGGUGCUGAAAAUGCGUCUCCCCGCUCGGAUUCGCGCGACCCGCGGCUCGGCGGGGACGACGACGACGACUUCGCCAUGGGAGGCACCGGUGUCACGCCCAUGAAGCGUGUGCCCAUCCUCGCAAACUUUGAGGAGUGGAUGAAGAUGGCCACCGACAAUAAGAUCAAUGCUGCCAACUCGUGGAACUUCGCUCUCAUCGAUUACUUCCAUGAUAUGUCCCUCCUCAAGGAAGGCGACGGCGUAAACUUCCAGAGGGCAAGUUGCACGCUGGACGGCUGUGUGAAGAUCUACACCAGCAGAGUCGACAGUGUGGCCACGGAGACCGGCAAGCUCCUCAGCGGUCUGGCCGACAGCAACGCAAAAAAGAGAGAAAAGGACGGAGAGGAUGGGGAAGGCGAGGAGAGCGAGGACGAGGUUGACCAGGACGGCAACGUGAUCAGGAGGACGAAGAAGAAGCGGCAACGCUCGUCUGAGGCAACCCUUGCGUCGUCAUUUGCUUCCCUUCAGCUCAAGAAGCUCGAACUCGAGUUUGCGGUCGACCCGCUUUUCAAGAAAGCAUCAGCUGAUUUCGAUGAGGGAGGUGCCAAGGGUCUCCUGCUCAACCAUCUCAUGAUCGAUGCUCAAGGACGCAUCGUCUUUGAUAGCAGUGAUGACAGCAACGAUGCAUCGGCAGAUGUCAUUAAACCGAGGAGAAGGGAGGACUUCACAGGGGACGAUGAGGCUGGUGGUCCAGAGGACGAGGAAGACGAAGCUACCAUGAUCGCAGAUCAGCUCGAGCAAGAGGCAGAAGAGGAGGAUGUCGAGAUCGACAUCGCGGCGCUUGGAGCCAAGUUCUUCCCAGAUCUGUCUCGCUUGGACGAGCAGGACGUAUGCCCUUCGCUCAAGAAUUUUGACCUCGGUAACCCCUCCGAUUCACUCGACAUCCCAUUCUUGCGCGCUCAAGAGGACGACAACGAGGAUGACGCGGAGGAUGGCUUUGGUGGGAUUGGCAACAAAUCAGGCAUGGAUAUUGAUGAUGACAACCAUGCCGGGUUUGAUGACAUGACCAACAUGGGCGGCUUUGAUGUCGACGUUGCGUUUGGUGAAGGUGGUGAAGCCUGGGCCAAGGAGGUCAAGCUGGAGCCUCAAAUGAGACCAUUCGAUCUCGGACUGGAGGAUGCCGAGGCUGGUGCUGACGGCGUCGAUGGGGUAGACGACGACAACGGCGAUUUUGUGGUGUCGAUGCGACGGGGUCAAGGAGAUGACCAAAUGCAUCAGGACAUCCUCGGAUAUUUCGACCAGGCUCUCCAGAAGAAUUGGGCCGGCCCCGAGCAUUGGCGCAUCAGGAAGAUCAAGGAUGUCAACAAGCCCGAAGGGGCGACGCGGACACGCAAGGAGAAAGAGCCCUUUGAGAUUGACUUUGCGUCACCUCUCGAUCCGAAGCUCGCAGACGCCAUCUACACCCAGGCGUCAAGCAAUUCUGCCAUCUCCAUGCCCAAGAAAGACUGGAGGUCGAAAACCCGCAACCUGCUCCCGGACGAUAAGCACUUUAAUUCGACACAGCUUCUGAGCUUGUUCUUGAAGCCGAAAGCCCGGCUGAGCCGGAAGGCCCGCAUGGGACAGUCGAACGGCCUCUUCGGAAACCACGGCCAGCACGACAAUAUGGCGCCUCGUGACAUGGACGAGGCUUUCUGGGCGCAAAAUGCACCCUUACAAAGCACUGAACAGGAUGACAUGCUUCCUCAAGGAGAUUAUGAUGCCAACUUUUUCGACGACGAGAUGCCACUGCCGGGCGGUGGUCUCCUGGACGAUGACGAUGACAUGGAGUUUGCGGAUGCUCGAGACCACUUCUCACCUGGGGGCGAUGCUGCACCCACAACAAAUUUUGGCUUUACAGGCCUCAUUGACGGCGGUCUGACGAUGGGUGGCUUUGGUACCCAGCUCGUCACAUCGACACGGCGUUUAAGACCAGAGUACGUCAACUUUGCGCGUGUCGCGAAGAAGGUCGAUGUGCGACGCCUGAAGGAGAACAUGUGGAAGGGGAUGGGUCUUGAGCUGGCAGAGGAACCCGAGCGGACACCAAUGCCGACGCCACAAAAGGAUGCAACAGUGACACCUUCGGAGCCCGAGCAGACGCUGCUGUUCACAGACGUGAUGAACAACUUGCAGUCGGCAUACUCGAAGUCUGCAAUGGGAGACAUCUCCACAAGUUUCUGCUUCAUCAGUCUGCUGCAUCUGGCCAACGAAAAGGGACUCGUCAUCAACAAGACACCAGAACUCACCGAGCUGGAGAUUAGGAAAGAUUGGACAGCAGAGUUCACAGGGGAGGGAUAG